UGGCCAUCUUAGAAGAAUUCAUAUCAGAAAAAAACUUCUGAAACUUUUACCGCCGAAAGUGCCAUUGUUUGGCGCCAUAGUACACGAUUCAUUCAACCGUUACUCCUUAAAUGUGCAAUACAGUUCUUGACUAUAUGCUUCUAGAGACAAUGUAUGCCUAGCCCUCCAUAGCCAUUAGCCUACAAUCACUCUACAUUACUAUUGUAUACGACCUUUUCAACGAAUGAGUAAUUCGUUCAUUUAAUGGUAGGCUAAACAAAACAACUCAUAUUUUCUCUCCUUGGAGGUUGAUGUUUACAGUAACAGUAACCACUGGCGACGGAUAAAACAUGAGUGUAGCUUACUCUUGGGAGAGACACGCCAAAGCGAAGGGAACUAUGUCUUUUUAUUUGAUUUAAAGAAAAAGAGACCAGACAUUACUCAAAAACAUGCCAUUGUUAACAGAAGGUGAUAAUCAAGAGUAUUUCAUGAAGCAUCUCUGAAUGUAAUAAUGUCAGCUGAAAUCCCCAUGGACAACAAUAGCCUGAGAACAUGGUCAUCAGGUGGAUCGUUUGAGCCAGAGGCAGACCUGGGCCAGGUACAACGACAGGAGCCACAUAACACUGGAACACAUGACAUGGAUAACCAGAGGACCCACCUGAACCCUCAUGCAGCUGAGCUAGGCUCUAGUCCCCUGUCUCCAUCCCAUUCACUGAGCCAUGAUGCUGUUCUUAUAGAAAACCCACAGGAGGAUGCCUCAUCAUUACAAACUACACGACAACUAAUGCUACAGAGAGCUCUCCAGCAGGGCCCAGGGCAACAGGAGCAGCUAAUUCAACAGCAGGUGGAGCAGCUACACAGAAUUAUACAGGAGCAGAGCAGACUCCUCUCCCUCAUGGGGCCAGGACUGCUGUUAUCCCCCUCUCUCUCUGCCCAGUGGCUGGGCCUGAUGCCUGCUCUGGCUGCUGGAGUGGAUACCUCUGGUCUCUCUGCCAAUCCACAGAGGUCCAAUCCGAGAUCAAACGUUUACGCUUCACCUCCCUCAGGAGAUGGAUGGCUGCCUAAGACGGGUCCUGUUCUGACACAUUCCCUCCAUGAGAGCAUUCUUCCAAAUAAAGAUGGAAGAGAGCAGAGGAACCUCUCUCCUAUCAAAGAGGAAGCUGCAGAGCAGGGGGAAGACAAAGAAGUCUGUACUGUCAGCCCAUUUGGGACACGUAGACAGCCACCCAGAAGCCCAGAGGACAGACCCAUUAGGCCUGCUGUCAAAGAGAGAGAGAAAACAUUUCAGGAAUUUGUGGAGGAACAGCUGAAAGUUGAUGAAUAUGCACAGCAAAACAACAAGCAGGACAGCAGGGAGGCCAGGAGAGUCACAGAGAGAAGAUACUUCCUAAAGAAAGGGAAGGGCGUGUCCAGGAUAGAGAGGGGUAAGGACAGUGUGCAGCAGAAGACCUGGCGCAGGGCCUCCCUCUCACUCAGCCAGCAGCCCAGGAAGGUGAGUUAUGGCAGCCAGCAGAGACGCUCAUCAGCCCCCUCCCUGCAGCUCAGUGACAGGACCAGACUCAGGGUCAAGCCUUUACUGAUCUCCCAGAGGAGCUGCCCUGCUCUUUCUGAGUCCUGGGAAAAGACAACAGGACCUGCCACACGAGAGAGAGACAACAGAGUUAAUCAAACGGCCAGACAGGAUAGGACACCAAAGCCCACAGAAAAUACUCAAAGCAAGGCCUCUGAAAACACUGCAUCUAGUGUUGAUACUAGAGACAGGAGAGAUCUGUUGGGCGUUACAACAUCCCGUAAACGGCUUGUGAGAUCGCCGAGUUUGACCUCCGUGGAGCUAAGUGAUGAGGUGGUGUCACAGAAUCAUGUGUAUGCUGCUAUGAGGGACCUUGUCCAUGAACAACUUGAGGUGAAGGAGCCACAUUUGGCAUUGCAGCCUUUUGAUAGUACUGCACAACCAAACAACAUGGGCCAACCUAAUGUCAAAGCUCAGGCAGUAAAUGUUGGCUUCAAGACAGUCAACGACCACAUAGUUAGAGUCACUGAAAAUGGGCCGGUCUCAUCAGAGAAUGCAGAUGGGAAAAAGGUCACACACUCCAAUUUCACCAAUAUUUCAAAAUCUCAAAGCGGGUCUACAGCAGUGAUGUCUCUCCUAUCUCUGAGUAGUUCUAACAGUGACGAGGACAACCCUAACUCUCAGUGCCACCAGCAGCCCACCCUCCCGUCUCCCCCACGGCUCGGACACAAGGACCAGAACCUGGACCUGUCCGAUGGUGACUACGCCAGCGAUGCCCCCAGCGAGGCUGGGGAUAUUCUGCCCUCCAGACCUUUUCCCACCCACGGACCCACUCUCCACCACCACCACCCAUCUAGCUCCUGCUCCAGCAGUGACAGUGAAACAGAGCUCCGGGACAUAAACUGGCACAAGACAGAACCACGUCCAUUAUACCCACAGUCUGCAAGGAAAACAAGCACAGAGAGAGCCCUGCCACUGGGGAGCAGCAGCAGCAGGGGAACAGACAUAAAGUCAAAACGUCCCUCCUCUGCAGAGCUCAAACCCAGCAUGGUCCCUAAAGUAACAUCUAGAACUAAAGAGACCGUAAAGAGCAGACAUCACCAGGGUUUCAAGCUGGCAAAUCAGACCGUGUCAAAGCCACACAGCGGAAUAAAAGCAGAAGAGAAUCAUGAUUUGUUGGACAAGAUGAAAACGGAACAAGAGAGAGCAAUGGAACUCCUCAGAAAGAGAAUGGACCAAAUAGAGUGCUGUGACAGAGAUGGCCACCACAGCAGUUAUGGAUCCCCAUUCACCCAUACAGAAGGCCAGGUGUUGAAGAAUCAACCGUUUUCUGCUAAACUAGACGUUGGUGAUGGUCAGGAUCUCAGGCAGCAUAUUCUAGCUCUUCAGGAGCAGUUCUCUAGUCGGGAGUCCCACUGGUCCCAGGCUCAUCACCUGCUGCAGAACCAAGUGGAAGCCCUGACCAGAGAGAAUGUGGAGCUGCGUGACAAGCUCAGUGCUCCUGAACACAGCCACCAAGUGGCAGGGAGUAGUCCUGACACAGCCACUGCAUCUCACAUAGGGGCAGAGAGCGCUGUGUCUGAGGAUAUUCAUAGAGCUACUAGUCAGAGGAUAAGGGAGAGGAGAUCUUCAAGUUGUUCCAGUCACAGUGGAAACCCAGCCAGAAGGUCAACAGUUGGCAGUUUUCCAGCUGCAAAGUCCAAGGUGCAGAUUCCUGAUCAAAGAAAAUUGUCACAUAUGGUUUCUGAACCAGCUCCUUCAGUCGUCCACAGCAGAAGUGCUACUCCUGCAUUCAACAAACCACCUGUCCAGAAGAGGUUUGGGUCGGUCAGUGGAAAAGGAGACGGAGGCGAAAGGUCGACAGAGCAGGAGCGCCACACCAUCGGUCAGCAAAUACUCAAGCUCAGAGUCAGAACACAGGGUAAUGAAGCCUAG